AGUUCCGCAAUCUAUCGGAUAUUUAACAUAUUCUUCUUUUAGGUCUCUUCAAGUAUAAAACGAGUGUUCGGUGACCGCAUACGUUCCACAGGUCGUCCCUACAGAUAAACCAAUAAGCUCGCGGACUAUCCACACGUGUUCCGACUCACGACGAAGAAAAAAUAAAUCUCCUCGGCUGUUCUUACAACAAUUGGACAAACUUUCUCAGUUUGAAAAUUUUAACCAUUAUUGAAGACGCGAUAGAUGAUAUAUAUAAUGUAAAGGGAUGUUAAUUAAUUCAACUAUAAUGAGCUCGAGCGGGGCGCGCAAUUUCAUCGGUUGAAAAGCGUCACGGAUGCAUACGGUGGUCGCACACUCCGCCACCACUCAAACAGAAGCGGCACACAGGCUCAGCACCCUUCUGAGCGCGUGCAACGCGGUGCGCAGCAGCUGAAGAAGAAGAAGAAGAAGACGAUGAGGCGGAGGGCGAGGGAGGCUGCGCUGCUAUAUGUAGCCCCGAAUCUUAGCCGGAGCAAAUAUUACGCCCGAAAUCCUCGAGGCGGUCGCACCCCUCCUGUUCGGCAACAGGUACCAUAUACGCGCGGCCCGACUCGUUCUAUUUCGAACGAUUCAUUUACUCAAGUGACAAAGAGUGUGUGACAGUGGAGUUGGAAAUUGAUCUAAUGGUUUCUGUGACUCGAUGAGAAUAGAGAAAAGAAGAUGCCGAGAGCGUUUCUCAUCACCCAUCGACGAUACAACGCGGUCGAGGAAGAGUUCGACGCUUCUGGAAGAGAUUUCAGCCCUGAACGAGGCGUGAGGCUGGCGGAUUAUAGUAGUAAUCAUCCGACGUCCGACGGUGCCAGCGAAUGCGGAAGCGAGACGUCGUCGGAGUGUCCCGAGGAACUGUACAAUCUCACAAAACUGGCGGAAGUGAGCUUAGCCGCGGCCGCCGGCACGCUGAUUCACCCGAACGGUAUGAUCUAUCAACAACCAGCCUCGCCUAGGUGCGCUCAAUAUUCGGACAAGUGCGUCAGGGUGAAACAGCAAGCGUAUCAAAACUCGCGGACCAUUGAAGACGAACAAACGUUGGACGAGAGGACGAGAUUAUUUUUUGAGAGAAUAGAGAGUGAACGUGAAAUUCUGCAAAACCGAUCGGAGAGGAACGCGUUGUUGGGCGUGCACAUUGCUCACCCUCACCGUUUGCAGGAGGAACGUCCAAGCGACGCUUCCGACAAUUCGCUAGACAAAACUGAAUUAGAAUCAGGCUUGAUAUCUCAGAACCGGAGAACGACCUCAACGGAGACCAAGUCCGAGGAUAGCGAGGAUCACGAAUGUCCCGACUGCGGGAAGAAAUACUCGACGUCCUCGAAUCUUGCGAGACACAGGCAAACGCACAGAUCUCUUGGAGAUAAAAAAGCCAGGAGGUGUCCGCAUUGCGAUAAAGUUUACGUCAGUAUGCCGGCGUUUAGCAUGCACGUGAGGACGCACAAUCAGGGAUGCAAAUGCCAUUAUUGCGGCAAGUGCUUCUCCAGACCGUGGCUGCUGCAGGGACACAUACGUACCCACACAGGUGAAAAACCGUUCAAGUGUACGAUCUGCAAUAAAGCGUUUGCCGACAAGUCGAACCUGCGAGCACAUAUUCAAACACACUCGAAUACCAAGCCGCACGUGUGUGGUCGUUGUGGUAAAGCGUUCGCAUUGAAAUCGUACCUCUAUAAACACGAAGAAUCCUCUUGCAUGAGGACGCAUCAUCGAUCGUCUACGGAUAAAACUGAUGGGAAUGAUCAAAAGAAAUCCUGCGGAUCGAUGGCAUCUUCGUUGAACAGAUUGCCAGCAACCCCGUGUGUCACGGCGUCACCUACCAGCGUGAUCGUUCCUCGUUUGGGUCUCAAUCGCGAACAAAGGAAUUCUUCCGCGUUUUCCGCGAUUAUCAGACACACCAGAGUUCCCGACACCGAGGUGUCUCCACCAUCCAAACGCUCUUGCAGGGAGAAGAGCGAAGAAAACGAGACAAGUACAUCCGAAGAUUCUAAAUGUAUGCCCAGAAUGGUCAUCAGAACUUCGGUCAUAUCUCCGAAUCCGGAGCAUUUGAGUCGCUUCAACAACGACGGCCAAAACUCGUCGAGUAACUUCGACUUCUCCGAUCCCGCUAGGUCUUCCGCAUUUUCAAGACCGACGACGAUGACACUUAACUUAGCGAUCGCAUAGAAUUCUUAAUAUAGUUCCGCGGAACACCAAAGAGCACAGAAAAACUCGUUGAAAUUUCCUAAAGGAAUAAUUGAUUUAGAGAUAUAAAGACGUAAUUAAUAGCAACUAGUGUCAUUCCUAUGAAUACUGAGAUAAUAUUAAGUUCUAUUGAAAUUUCAUCUGACACGAGUUCGACAAUAGAGAUCUAACAAGUGUUAUUCCAAACACCUUCCUAAUAGGGACCACAGAUAGUCGUAUUAAAAAAUUGUCAAUUACCAAUUCCUAAUGUCGUGCCUUAUGAAAUGCAUACUGUGCCGUAUGUAGUUAGAAUUCUUUUAAAGACAUAUCAUAAUAAGAGAGCAAGGGUGAUCAAUUUAAAAACGCAAUGCCUGAAUAGGUAUUCUGUAUGCUUGCUUACCUUUAGUAUUAAACGCGGUGACCAACUUCUUCCAAGGCUUCCAAGCUCUUCCAGGCAGCUACAAAUUCCUUGAAACCAGCGCAGGUUAAACCGUAAUUCGUCAACAAAUUAUGCACACGAAUGUUCACGAACUUUUUGCACGUAGAAAAUUACACUUCACACGGCCAUUUUAAAGUUUUACACUACGCGCUUGAUUGAUGGGAAAUCGGCGAAUGACCGGCGGUAAAAAGUACUGAAUAGUUGAUAAGACUUAAAUUGAAUGAAACGUAAUUUCGGACGUCACAGUUACUGCAAACGUACGAUUAAGGAAAUAAUUUUAUAUAUUUACUGUCGAUGCGUUAUUUGCGUUAAUGAAUAGGAACGCGUACCGUCUGUGAUUCGAACUAAUUGUAAACUAAAUCGUAAAGAAACCUGACUGCCGUACGCGGUCUAGCAGUCCUCUGGUGGAUGUAUUAAGUAAUUAAUUAAGUAUCUUUCUCCGUUUUCGAUCCGUUACCGAUAGCCGGUGACGAUCCGAGUGUAAACUAGUCCAAAACUCUGCUAUUCUAAUGAGCAACCAGGCUUUUCGAACCACUUGCCAUUCUUAAUUGAACGUUUCUUAUUGUUUAGCUGAUACCUUGAUUACUCUCGUGAUUAGUAGAUUAGAAACUGGCGAAACGAGGGUUGCACGAGAAAUUGAAUGGCAGCGGUUUUAUAAUAAAGAUUUCACGUAGUUUUAAUUUCGUUUCCCUUACACGAAGGAUCACGUGUUUGUAAAAAGAUAAUGUAAGCACGCGUGUACUAGUCAGAGAUUGAGCAUAAUCCCGAGAUGUAAUAUUGCGUUUUAUGUAUAGUCGUGUAAACCUCACGUUGUAAAUAGCAUUCCCUUCAGUAAUUUAGAGUACAGAAACGUUAGUCUUAUAGUAAUUAGCGCAGUUGUAACGUCUGCUAUUGUGUAUGUACGAUUUGUACAUUGGAGUGCCUAAACAGACAUAUUUUACCAAUUUUUCUACGAGUUGUACAAGCGUUAUUUCGAAAUGAAUAAAAUAUAUAAUAAAAAUA